AUGACCAAUAUCGAUAACGGCGGUAUAGACGAGAAGCUUGGUGCGAUGGAGAAGGCUGCGCCGAUCGACGAGCCCGAUAGCUUGGGCUUGACGAAAACAACAACUCAGGUUGCCCAUGACAAGUCUGUCGAUCCCGACAUUGACGAGCUUCCCAAUGGAGGUUACGGAUGGGUCAUAGUGGUUUGCCUGCUGGGGCUGAACGCCUGUACUUGGGGAGUAAAUACUACCUAUGGUGUCUAUUCCGCCGCGUUCAUAGAGAACAACUACUACAACGCAUCGCAACUCGACUACGCAUGGGUUGGUGGCUUGUCUGCUUCUGUGGCAGUGGUCGUCGGCCCUUUGGCCAACUGGAUGAUCCAGCGGAUGGGAAUGAAACCCCCUAUGCUCAUUGGUGCCGUCUGCGUCGGCCUUGGCCAAUGCAUGGCUGGCCUCUGCAAGUCUUAUGGUCCAUUCUUGUUCUGUCAAGGAAUCUUAUUCGGCUUCGGUGUUGGUCUGAUUCUGGUUCCAUCACAACCCAUCCUCGCUCAUUGGUUCGACAGGAGACUAGCGCUCGCGCAGGGAUUUGCACAAGCUGGCUCUGGCAUUGGAGGCAUUGUCUUUUCCAAUGUCGCUCCUUUGCUACUUCGCACUGUCGGCAUCAAGUGGUGCUACAUCAUCCAAGGCUGCAUCUGCAUGGCCAUUCUCUUCCCGUCCAUUCUGUUGAUGAAGGGUCGACACAAGGCCGUGCGUGCAAAGAACGCACCCCUGCAGCUCAACUUCUUUUGGCACCCGGGAUUCAAGUGGCUGCUAUUGUGGGCCUUCUUGACGAUGAUGGGAUACUUCAUUGCGAUCUAUUCCGUCGCAUCGUACAGCACAUCUGCUCUUGGAAUGACCCAAGCACAAGGUGGCGCCAUUCAGUCCAUCCUUGCAGCCGGCCAAGUCGUUGGCCGUCCAUUGUGGGGAUUCCUUCUUGACCGCGGCGGACGCGUCAACAUGGUUAUUCUGAGCUACAUCAUAUGUGGCGUUGUCACUAUCGGUGCGUGGAUGCCCGCCCGUUCGUUUGGCGUCAUGGUCUUCUACGCAUUCGUGAAUGGCGCAACAUCUGGAACAAUUCACUCGGCUGCGACACCUCUGGCGACCAGUGUCGUCGGCGUCGAACACCUGGGUUCAGCACUGGCAAUCUACUGGCUCACACUGGCAAUUCCAAACGCCACUGCCCAACCGUUUGCCAUCAUGAUCGUCAACUACUCCAAAACCCAUCUCAACAGGACGGGACCGGAAGCCUACCAGAUCUCAAUCGGCUUCUGUGGUGGCCUGUUCCUCGCUGGCGCGAUAGCUCUGCUGGGCGUCAAACACUACUUGCAAGGCAACUGGAAGUUGUUGCAGAGGGCCUGA